AUGAAAUCUACCAUAAUCAUUGCAAUCAUCUUUGGACUAGUGACAUCAAUGACGCUAACGUUUAUAGAAGCAAAUCAUACUGUAUGGAUACAAAACAAGGCUCGGAUUGGUGUUUUUACUCAUGCUGCAGCCACCGAAGAAAAUCAACAAGGCCACUUCAAUUGGAAUGAUGGCGGAUUCGCCAAUGAAGGUGAAUGGACUCACACUGGUUAUUCUUUGAAUAUCCCUGAUGAAAUAAACACAUAUUGGCUCGCUUUCCAAAUUGGUCUCUCUCUUGAAGACGAUAAGUGGCGCGGUCCAUUUAAUAAUGAUAGGGAUCAAUGUUGGCACUUUCAUGGUACUUUAGAAAAUUGGGAAAUAUUUGAAUGUUCUCCUUAA